UCAAACGACAGGGGGCGCUGUGAGCUCUGACAGCCAGCGUCACUUCCGGACAAAAGAUUAUAGUGUCAGUCGGCGCUGGACAAAAUCAAUUCAUGAUCCCAGGGUGAUGGGGCCAGACAGUGCCCCAGGACCUGUGGUGCCCUGGCGCAAGGUGCUCUGGGAGCGCCAGGCCUUCCCCGACAACUAUGUGGAUGUGCGAUUCCUGGAGGAAUUGCGCAGGAACGAGGGCAUCCGGCAGUAUCACUACUGGGCUGUGGUGAAAGAAGCGGGUUUUGUCGGACAGCAGCUGUCUUGUGUGGCCAUUUUCAUCUCCCUCUGGCUCUACAUGGAGCAGGGUCUACUGUCCCCUGAGGUGCUUCUAUCCUCCACUCUCAUAUGUGCACUGCUAGGUUAUGGACUGCACCAAGCUUUGAUGACUCAGGUUGAAUCGGGCUGUGAGCCUCGCACCCAUCUCGCUGACCUCCAGAGUGCCUCCAUUUUCCUCUCCUUCACCUUUGGCUUCUCUCCGGUCUUAAAGACGCUAACGGAGUCUGUGAGUACAGACACGGUGUACGCCAUGUCUGCCGUGAUGCUGCUGGCCCACCUGGUGUCGUUCCCUUACGCCCAGCCCUCACCCCCGGGUAGUCUCUCCCUAAACGCAGCCCUGUUCGCCUCCGUGUGCUUAGCCUCAAGGUUGCCUGGGGCUGUGCACACCUUUGCCAUGCUCAGCUGUGCCCUGCUGGUGUUCGCUCUGUGGCCCUGCCUGCUACAGAAGCUGAGGGACAAUGCUCCCAGACAGUUUACUGGGGUGUGUGUGGGAGUGUGUUUGGGAGGAGUAGGAGGUCUGGGGUCCCAGUCGGGUGGGGGAGCAGUGCUUCUGACCCUAGCGCUAGUAAGUGUUACACUACUGUGUCCCCUACUGCUAGUCAGGCUGCAGAGGCACAAGGACAACAUCCAUGGACCCUGGGACGAGGCUGUGAUCCACGAGGACCUCAUCCGUCUAAUGCACUAAUGCGCAGAGCAGUGCUUCUGGCCAAACUCACGAGUGACAAGUGUUUCUGUAUAAAAACCAUUUCCGAAAUCAGUAUUGUGUGGAUGCUGUAAAUUAUCAUGUUAACCCUGUGAUGAGAACUUGUUUUACAGAAUGUAAAUCUCUUUUUAAACUAUUGCAUUGUACGUUAACUUGUAUAGAUGUAUCAACUAAUGUGCAUUGUUAACUUUAAUAACUGGACUUAUUGUAAAACUAUGCAGAAACUCUAUAUCAGAGAUGUUUUAAUCUGUGACAAAUGGUUUUGUAAAUGUGUGUUGUUUAACACUGUGGGCUUCAUACAAGUAACAAGGGCUCUAAGUCGGCUACAAACUGAAAUAAAAAUGUGUUUUAACAUGUGA